AUGGUUACUCCUGAUUCUCUGCUUCCUUUGCUUUGUCUGUGUUGUUAUCUGCUUCCUCUCUCAGUUGCCUGUCCACCAGCGCCUUCUCGCUGUGGAAGUCUUGGGGAUAUUUACUUCCCCUUCUUCGACAACACAACGGGCUCAUUUUGUGGUUUACUGCCCAUAUCAGGUUGUCAUGAUCCAAGGCAACCCAAAAUGAUCCAAUUGGGAAAAGAAUGGUUCCACGUUAAGCAAAUACCCCCGAAGGAUGACCAACGUGGAAUCAUGGUUCUUGUCUCCAAGUUUCGAGAGCAAUGGAGAUCCAACCCCUGCAGCGUCUUUCCUGAGGAGUCUCCUUUGCUGUCUUUCUCCUUUUUAAACGGGACUUCCCUUUUGAAAUGCAAGCAUCCUCUCGACCACGAGGAACCCUUCGAUUACGAGUUAGAUCAAAAAUGUGAUGAAUACCACAUUUACCACCCUCCCGAGCAAGAUAGCCAGUGGCCCGGUCCUUCAAAAGAAUGUUCACGUGUGCAGCUUCCAUUUGAACCGCCAUCUCCUGGCUCAUCCGUAUUCGAUGAAAUCUAUAUUCAAGUAAAUGUAUCUCUCUCUUGUUUUGGUUGUAUUUCCAGAGGAGGGCAAUGCCUACCAGACGGCAAAUGCAGCGUCCAUGAGCACAAGAAAAUAGAUUCCAAGUCUAUCACAAUAGGUGUUGCUUUUGCAAGUGCUGCCGUGAUUGUAAUUAACUUGAUUGCUAUUCUAUUGUGGAACAAGCGAAGAUAUAAUUCUUUAAGCUCACAAAAUAAGUCGAGAAGCAUUGCACCUGAUAAUCCUCACUCAAAUGCAAUCCUAGAAAGUGGAGAUAUUUACUUUCGUGUCCCUGUUUUCUCCUAUGAGGAACUCGAAGAAACAACAGAAAAAUUUGAUGGAGCAAGAGAACUUGGAAGAGGAGGCUUUGGAACUGUUUACUAUGGAAAGCUUAAAGAUGGACGAGAAGUUGCUAUUAAGCGCUUAUUUGAGCGCAACCCUACAUGUGUACAACAAUUCAUGAAUGAAGUUAAGAUCCUCACACGCUUGUGCCACAGAAACCUUGUGUCGCUGUAUGGCUGCACUUCACAUGCCAGUCAUGAACUGUUGCUGGUUUAUGAAUACAUUCCAAAUGGAACUCUUGGUUGUCAUCUCCAUGGAAAUCUAGCAAAACCUGGUUCAUUGCAAUGGUCUGCGAGGAUGAGGAUUGCCCUAGAGACAGCAAAUGCAUUGUCCUAUCUCCAUGCUUGUGGCAUCAUUCACCGUGAUGUCAAAUCCAGCAACCUUCUUCUUGAUCACCAUUUUUGUGUCAAGGUUGCUGACUUUGGUAUUUCCAGGUUGUUUCCUAAGUUUGCAUCUCAUGUCUCCACACCUCCAGCUGGCACGAUAGGUUAUUUGGAUCCAGAAUAUCAUCAAUUCUACCAGCUUACUGAAAAGAGUGAUGUUUAUAGUUUUGGAGUUGUACUCAUUGAGCUGAUAUCUUCUAAGCCAGCUAUCAUUAAUACAAGGGACAAUGAUAAGAUUAGUUUGGCAAAUAUGGCAGUUAAGAAGAUUCAAAGAAAAGCAUUUAAUGAGUUGAUAGAUCCUUCCCUUGGGUUUGAGACAGAGGACAAGGUUAAAGAGAUGAUAAUCUCAGUGGCAAACUUAGCUUUUCAGUGCCUGCAAAGGGAUGGGGAGCUAAGACCUUCCAUGGAUAAAGUAAUGGGCUUUCUGCAGAAAAUUCAAAACGGGGAGGAUGAUUAUCUUAAGCACCUAGAGUUUCAUCGUUCUAGGUUUUCAAAUUGGGAGAUCCAUACAUCUCUCCCAACAUCAGCACUUUUGGAUGGAUCGGUUGGAUCAUUGAACAAUUCAUUGCCACAGUGCCCUCCCCAUACAGUAUGAUCACUAUUGGAAAAGUAGUUUUUACUAUACACUAAUGUCAUAACAUAUCCAUUUGAUUCUCUUGAAAGGAUAAUAAAGACACAAUUUUUGUGAGCAUUCAUCCUCAACUGAGGAUGAGUUAGCCUAUCA